CCGAGGCAUUUGGUCUCUUUCUCUUAUUCUGGCUGGUUUGGGUGUCCCAGCAUGGAGCAGUGGGGUGCAUGGGGGUGGCAGUGCCGUGGCCCUACUGGGUUCCCCCCAAAGCCCCCACACGGGCAGAGGACAAAGCUCAGCAGCACCCCGGCAGCUGGCUGCUUUAUGGCAACCUCUGCCAGAAGAUCUUGAAUGGCUUAAAAAAGAAUAAAAAUAAUUUGGCUCUGAUGCCUUGAAGUGUGCUCUGCCUGUGCCCAAAGGCGAUUUGGGGCAGGGGGGUUGUUACCAUCCCACCAAAAUCAGUCCCUGGAGGGGUUUUGCUUCCCACAGGGGACUGACCCUAUCCAUUUGUCCAUCCCCCCUGGGACAGCAGCGAUGCUUGCAGGGGCUUCCACGGUCACAAACUAUUUUGGGAGGGUUUAAAAAUAUCCUCCUGUGCGCUACCGGGCAAUCAUCCCAGCGGCGCAGAGCCCCGCAUGGCCGCAGCAGCCCCCGCACCCCCCAGGGUGACCCCAGCCCCUGCACGACCCCCCUGGGGGGCCUGCAUCCUGCCCUGGAGGGGUGCCGGGCGCUGAGCCCCAUCCCAAAUGGCUGCGAUUGCCAUGACAACGCUGACUUCAGCUCCCUCCUCCUCCUCCUCCUCGCUUUUGGAGCCCGUUGGGCUGAUGGCUCGGCGCGGUCAACAGCGGCGGGGCUGAGGCUGGAGGCGAGCGCAUCCCCUCGCCGGGUGGCGAGAGCGGCUGCGUCCCCGCUGCCCGGCGGGGAGGUGGGUGAGGGUCCCCACGUCCCCCCUGCUCUCUCCCGCAGGACCCAGGAUGUCCUCGAUGUUCGGCAAGCCCCGGGCUGGAGCCGAGCGGCCACCCCAGAGCCCCCUCGCCGAGUGCAACGUGGCCAUCCUGGGGUGCCGAGGGGCCGGCAAGUCAGCCCUGACGGUGAAGUUUCUGACCAAGAGGUUCAUCAGCGAGUAUGAUCCCAACCUGGAGGACACCUACACCUCGGAGGAGCUGGUGGACCAGCAGCCCGUGCUGCUGAAGGUGAUGGACACCGCCGACCAGGACGGUCCCGGGAACUGCGAGCGCUACCUGUGCUGGGCCAACGCCUUCCUGGUGGUCUACAGCAUCGACGACAGGGAGAGCUUCGAGGGCUGCCGCCGCUACCUCGAUGUCCUCGCCCGGCACGCGCGGGGCUGCCAGCACGAGAGCCCCGUGCUCCUGCUGGGCAACAAGCUGGACAUGGAGCAGUACAGGCAGGUGACCAAAGCCGAAGGCACGUCGCUGGCCAGCAAGUUCGGGUGCCUUUUCUACGAGGUGUCGGCGUGCCAGGACUUCGCGGCGGUGCAGCACGUCUUCCACGAGGCGGUGCGGGAGGUGCGGCGCGAGGCGGAGCGCAGCCAGCCCCUCCGGCCCCUCUUCAUCGCCGAGGAGCGGCCCUGCCUGCACGUGGCCACCCCGGCCACCUUGGCCACCCGGCAAGGGCUGGCCAGCUGCACCCUCAACACCCUCUCCACCGUCAACUACAAGGAAAUCCCCUCGGUGGCCCAGGCCAAGCUGGUCACCGUCAAGUCCUCGCGGGCUCAGAGUAAGAGGAAAGCGCCCACGCUCACCUUGCUGAAAGGCUUCAAGAUAUUUUAAGGCGCUUCCCCGCGCAAGGGAGCGGUGAGAGAUCCCCGGCCCCCGGCUCUGCGAGGGGCUGGGAGCAUCGGGAGCGGGGACCUUGUCCCGUAGACACGCGCACAGCCCUGCCUGGGCGAUGAAUCUGCGGAUUUGGGCACCUCCCGGGGCCGGGAAGCAUCGCUGGGAGGGCGAGGGCUGACCCCGGGGCCGUGCUGCUGGAUGGAGUCCGUCAGGCAGAGGUGGGGAGCCCAGGAAGGGGGAAGGAAUCCCCAGGCACAGAGGAGCCCAUGUCGUUCACCUGACAGGUCCCCUCGCCGAGCAAUAAGAGGAAUUUCUUUUUUAACCUGAACGGGAAAGUGGCGGAUAACGUUACAGCCGACCAAAGGUCUCAGGUGUCCUAAAAUUGAUUCCCAUGCAUUGAAAUAACUCGUACCAAAAUAGCUUCUUUUUUUAACCAACUUUUAUACGACAGUGUUCCUUUUCAAAGGCUUUGCACGGAGAGAUGCUUCACCGACCAGGACGCAUUCCUAAAAGCUUUUUGUUUAAAGGACUGGUGUGAUGGACUUCCCAAAUGUCUUAAAUUAUUUCGUGGCCUCUGCGUGCGCCCUGUGAGGGGCGUGAAGACAAUCCCAACACAGAGCACCGUGCGCCGUGACCAGGCUCUGCCUGUGCCCAGGCCAAGGGCUGUGUGUUGGAGCUCACCUGCUGCACCAGGACAAAUGUUCUGCUUCUCCCUGGAGUUGCACGGAUCUGCAGAGUGAAACACCCCCCUGGACAUUUGUACAUAUAUACAUAAUAUAUAUACGACCUUAGCGACGUAGAGAGAGAUUCGAUAGGGGAUUUCAAUCAACUUUGGCAAAUAUUUUAAUAAAGAUGACUUUUUGAAAA